AUGGAUGAAGAGAAAAAUGAAAAAUUAUUAACCAAUUUUCCAGAGGGAUCGCCCGAAUUAAUUCGAAAAAAUCAAACUUUCAAAAGCUUUAGAGCUUUUGAAAAAGCUUUCUGUGCUUGGCAAGAAAAAAAUUUUUUUACUUAUCGAGUAUAUAGCUCAGAUUGUAAAAAAUUGAAAGAUGGAACGAAAGAUCCUGAAAUUUGUUAUAAUUAUGUCGUUUAUCAAUGUGUACAUUAUGGAGAACCACGAAAGAGAGGAAAUGGAAUACGAAAACAAGAAUAUUUAGCUAGCAAUUGCAAAGCGAGACUUCGUCUUAAUUAUGAUAGUCGAAAAAAACUUCUUGAAAUUUCGCGAUUAUCAUAUGAACAUAAUCACGUUUGUGAUAAGGAUUCUUAUCUGAAGGCGCUCAAUCGCAGACGUCAGCAAGCAACUAGUCAGCAUGUAACGAAGAAAAAAGCGCGUACACAAUCGAAUAUUAUUUGUCGUAAAGAUCAUGUUUUAUCGAAUUUGAAAACUCAAAAAGAAGAUUUAAAUUACAAUCGUGAAGAUGGUUCAUCGAUGGUUUCACCGAAUUCACCGAUGUGCCAACUCAAUGAGCCAACGAUGGAAAAAAUUUCAUCCGAAUUGCAUUAUCGUUAA